AUGUUGUCUCUUCCACAAUCGGAUCAUGUCGUGCGAGUCAAAAUGCUCGACACAACAACCUACCUGACCGGAAUAGCCAAGGUCUUUGUUGAACCUGUCGUCGCUGGCCACGAGACUUUCAACUUCAAUGAUUUAGCAUUCCUCAUUGAAAACAAACGAAGUGGGAAGAAAGUCAUGUUUGAUCUCGGUACACGCAAGGAUUACUGGAAUCUCGCGCCAGCAGUGCACCGGGUGUUUGGACUGGACGGUGCCAUGACGGGAGUCAAAGUCGAUAAAGAUGUUGCUCAAAUUCUUGUUGAGGGAGAAGUCAGUCUUGAUGAAAUCGCUAAUAUGAGGAAUCGAGUUGCAGAUUCGUGUAUCUGGUCCCAUUACCAUUAUGAUCACUGUGGUGACAUGUCUCCCUUUCCCCCAACGACUUCCAUCACCGUUGGAGCGGGUUUCAUGAAAGCAGGCUUCCUCCCUGGCUACCCCGAGAACCCAGUUUCUCCCGUUCUAGCCUCAGAUUUUGAAAAUAGAGAACUUAUCGAGGUGAACUUUGAGAACGGCCUGGAAAUCGGAGGCUUCAAAGCUCAUGACUACUUUGGAGAUGGUUCACUCUACCUGCUUGACUCUCCUGGCCACUGUGCAGGCCACAUCUCUGCCUUAGCCCGCACCACCCCGUCUUCGGUAGAAGGAGGCGCCUCCUUUGUGUUCUUGGGGGGAGAUAUCUGCCGCUUUGCGGGUGAUUUCAGGCCCUCGCCUGAAAGACCAUUGCCGGAUCCUGUUCCUGAAUUUGCCCUUGCUAGACGCCAUGCUCCUAUUACAUGCCCAUGCUCCCUUACCAGACAACACCCUAAUGCGGAUGAUGAGCUAGCGGGACGCACAACGCCUUGGUAUAAGAUGGCUAGCGAGUUUCCAACUGCUUAUCAUGACAUUGACGAGGCGCGUACAUCGGUAUCUAAGAUGCAGGCUUUGGACCAGAAUGACGAUAUUUUGGUUUGUUUGGCACAUGACGCUGUUCUGCUUGAUGUCAUGCCGAUAUUUAACGUGAGCCCCAACGAGGAUAUCAAUGGAUGGAGAGAAAGAGGCUUGAAGGAUAAAUGUCACUGGGGUUGGCUGAGUGAGGUUCCUAUUGAUGGAAGGCUGGCACAGACUCCUUUGGUCGAGGGAUUCUGGAGAGAUGGUAAGCUAUGGGAUUAUAUGUCAUUCAAGAAGACCCUGGCAAUACCUCCUAUGUGA